GUAAGUGGGUCCACACCUUGUCCAAUAUAUAUUCCAUCUCUCUCUCUCUCUCUCUCUCUCUAUGUAUAUAUAUAGCCUUUAUAGUAGGUUGGUUUCUGGGCGAGGACGAAGCGAUCUAGUGAGAGAGGUUUCACGCUCAAGGGAUUUUUUUGUUCCUUGAGCUGCUCUUCUGAUUCUCUGUGCUCUUAAAUUUGAUUGAACUAGAAAUAAAUAAAAAAAAUCUCAAUUUUCUGAGAAAGCCCUUUUUCUGUUCAGGAUUUCAAUGCCCUUAUGCCCAUUUAGAUCUUAGAUUCCCAUAUCCCUUUUCCUUCCAUAUUCAAUUUUCCGGGAAAGUAGAAGAAAAUUUGUGUUCUUUCGAUUGAUAAUACUGCCCAUCUUGUUCUGAGGGAAUUAGAUUACUUGAACCAACUGAACUGUUCAAUUCUAUCAAUUUUGAUCUAAUUCGAUUCAUUGAAUUCCUUCCAAAAUGAGUGAAUUAAAGGUAGAAAAGCCCUUGGCACCAUCAUCUUCGUCGAGAAAGCUUCCUGAUUUCAAACAAUCAAUCAAAUUGAAAUAUGUAAAACUUGGGUACCAUUAUCUCAUUACCCAUGGAAUGUACCUAUUUCUAACUCCUCUAAUUGUUGUAAUUGCGGCUCAUCUUUCAACAUUCUCACCCCAUGAUCUUUAUCUUCUUUGGGACCAUCUUCGAUUCAAUCUCAUUUCGGUGAUCCUAUGCUCAACUCUUCUGGUGUUUCUGUGUACCCUUUACUUCCUUACUCGUCCUCAUCCAGUUUAUCUCGUGAAUUUCUCGUGCUAUAAGCCAGAAGCUGCUCGUCGAUGCACGAGGCAGAUUUUCAUGGAAUGUUCGCGUUCAAUAGGGACAUUCACUGAGGAAAAUCUCCAAUUCCAACAGAAAGUUCUUGAGAAGUCUGGUCUUGGUGAGUCAACCUGUCUCCCCGAAUCUGUUAUUAGUGUACCUCCUAAUCCGUGUAUGAAAGAAGCAAGAAAAGAAGCUGAAGCUGUAAUGUAUGGUGCUAUCGAUGAACUUUUGGCAAAAACCUCUGUGAAACCGAAAGAUAUUGGAAUUUUGGUUGUGAAUUGUAGUUUGUUCAAUCCAACACCCUCUCUUUCUGCAAUGAUUGUGAACCAUUAUAAGCUUCGAGGGAACAUUGUUAGCUAUAAUCUUGGUGGGAUGGGUUGCAGUGCCGGUUUGAUCUCAAUUGAUCUUGCUAAAGAUCUUCUUCAAGUUCAUCCCAAUUCGUAUGCUCUGGUAGUUAGCACGGAAAACACGACUUUGAAUUGGUACUCUGGAAAUGAGAGAUCAAUGCUUGUUUCGAAUUGCUUGUUCCGAAUGGGGGGGGCUGCGAUUUUGCUUUCGAACAAAAGAUCUGAUCGACACCGAUCCAAGUAUCAAUUGGUUCACACUGUUCGGACCCACAAAGGCUCUGAUGAUAAAUGUUUUUCAUGUGUUUUCCAAAUGGAGGAUCCAAAUGGCAAGGUUGGAGUUUCGCUAUCAAAGGAUUUGAUGGCAGUUGCCGGAGAUGCUCUGAAGACUAACAUCACUACUUUAGGCCCUCUUGUGCUUCCAAUGUCUGAACAAUUGCUCUUCUUUUUCACAUUGAUCUGCAAAAAACUUUUCAGGAUGAAGAUAAAGCCUUACAUCCCUGAUUUUAAAUUGGCUUUUGAGCAUUUCUGCAUUCAUGCUGGAGGAAGAGCUGUGCUUGAUGAAAUAGAGAAAAACUUGAAUCUUUCUGAUUGGAAUAUGGAGCCUUCGAGGAUGACACUUUACAGAUUUGGAAACACUUCGAGCAGUUCUCUUUGGUAUGAAUUGGGGUAUACAGAAGCCAAAGGGAGGGUGAAGAGGGGAGACAGAAUGUGGCAGAUAGCGUUUGGAUCUGGGUUUAAGUGCAACAGUGCUGUGUGGAAGGCAUUGAGGACUAUUGAUCCAGCAAAGGAGAAGAACCCAUGGAUGGAUGAGAUUCACCAGUUCCCAGUGGAUGUUCCAAAGGUUGCAACCAUCUGAAAUUCUACUAAGAGUUUCCCAUUCAUUGGUAGUGACAUUUUGGAAUCUAAGUUUGUAGGUGGUGUAUUUUUCUUUUCUCUCGUGCCAUCAGAUCUUUCUAUUUUCCUUUUGGUUUCCAAUGUUGAUGGUGGAUUGUGCUACUGUGUUUGGAAAGUUAGGAAACUCUAGGGUGUUAAGCUGUUAAUUUAUGGUUUGAUGGUGUAAUAUGGGGCUAGCCCAGAAUUAAUUUUAUUCUUAUAAGAAGCUGAGAUUUUAAUUAGUACUAGGGUUUAUUUUGAGCUUGGGCUAGACUAGAAGAUGUUGUGCUUGUCAUGUUUACUUUUUGAUGACUUCAAAUAGAAGAGCAUUGUGCUUGUGAAUUAUAUC